ACCCCCACAAGAGAUGUCUUACCAACAGCAGCAGCAGUGCAAGCAGCCCUGCCAGCCACCUCCUGUGCUCAUACCUAAGUGCCCUGAGCCCUGCCCACCUCCAAAGUGCCCUGAGCCCUGCCCACCUCCAAAGUGCCCUGAGCCCUGCCCACCUCCAAAGUGCCCUGAGCCUUGCCCACCUCCUCCCUGCCCACCUGUACAGUGCCCACCUCCUCCCUGCCAGCAGAAGUGUCCGCCCAAGAGCAAGUAACACCAAAGGAUUCAUCAGGACCAUG